AUGGUCCGGUGGUGUGGUGAGAGUACCGAACCAAAUAAACCAAUACCGAUUUAUUUUGGACCAAAGACCACCGGCGCCCACCCGCGAUUUCUUUCUAGACGUCUUCCAUCUCCAGCCACGCUGCCGCAGCAUUUGACUACCGAGAAUAAAGAUGCCGCAGCAAUACUCAGAUCGUUGCCCCCAUUGGCAAAGAAAUAUGUGCUCCAACUGUUGUACAUAGACGGACCAGUGACGGCAAAGUUGUUGGACGAAUGGGUACUUCCUGAUGGGGUUUCAAAGCACAAAGUGGCUAUUGAUCGAUUGAUACAGCUGAGAGUCUUGAGUGAAACUCUUGAUAGGAAAAAAGAAGCUACGUACAGAUUAAACCCUACAUUUCAGCUGAACCUCCAGAAGCACAUAUUGCAUGGUGGAAUAUUACCUAGAGAACCGAUGCCUUUGAAUGUCACUGUGAGGCUCCCUAGCUUGGAGGAUUUAGAUGCAUAUGCUGUUCAACAAUGGGAGUGCUUCUUGCUGCAUCUUAUAAACUCGGCUGAAGCUGAAAAAUCAACAAAUAUCAGCUCUUCAAUGAUGAAAGUGUUCCAACGCUGCCUUCUGAACCAAAGAGAUGACAGGGAACCUCCAAAAUUGACAGAGAGUGGCUUCCAGUUUUUGCUGAUGGACACAAGUGCACAACUUUGGUACAUUAUCAGAGAAUAUAUAAGUAACUCUGAGGAUCAUGGUGUGGAUACUGCUGAUCUUAUAGCAUUCCUGCUGGAACUCAGCUUUCAUGUGACUGGCGAGGCAUAUAAUGUGAACACUUUGACUGAUGUCCAGCGCCACAUAAUAAAGGAUCUUGCAGAUUUGGGAUUGGUCAAGCUCCAGCAGGGCAGGAAAGAGAGUUGGUUCAUACCCACCAAGUUGGCUACAAAUCUCUCCAUUAGCUUAGCUGAUUCAUCUUCCAGGAAACAGGGAUUUGUUGUCGUGGAAACGAACUUCAGGAUGUAUGCAUAUUCAACAUCUAAAUUACACUGCGAGAUCUUGCGGCUCUUCUCAAGGAUCGAGUACCAGCUUCCUAACCUCAUUGUUGGUGCAAUUACAAAAGAAAGCUUGUAUAAAGCUUUUGAAAGUGGCAUUACUUCAGAGCAGAUAAUUUCUUUUCUCCAGCAGAACGCACAUCCUCGAGUUGCGGAGAGAAUACCCUCAGUACCAGAAAAUGUUACUGAUCAGAUUAGGUUGUGGGAAUCGGAUUUGAACAGGGUGGAGAUGGACCCGGCUCAUCUUUAUGAUGAAUUUCCAUCCAGAGAUGUUUUCGAGUCUGCUUGUGAUUUUGCACGAGAAUAUGGUGGAUUGCUGUGGGAAAAUUCUAAGAAGAUGCGUAUUGUGGUGAAAGCGGAAAUAUAUGCCCAAAUGAAAGAAUUUCUUCGUCGACAAAAGGAAUAG